GUCAGGCUGAUUAGACAGACGUUAAAGUGGUUCAUCCUGCUCUGGUUCUACUCUUUAGCUCUUGGCGUGCGACAGUGAGGAUGACAGAUCUGACUCCUCUAUUUCUUCUCAUUUUAUUCACAGGUGUGGAGUUGCUGAAACCGAAGGUGUUUAAUGUGAGAGAAGGAGAAAUUGUGGUGAUGCACUGUCAGGAAGCUGAUGAUACAGGUCUGAUCUGGACCAUUCCCAGCGGUCAGAAGAUGAAUCAGACCAGCAGUGCUUCAGCAUCAGCUGAUCAAGGUCACAUGGGUGUUCUGAUUCAUGGACGGAACCUUGUUGUUCUUCGUGCUUCUCUGGGCCAUCAAGGGAAUUACUCAUGCUCUUUGGGGAACGGCAGCAGCCAAAUCUGGUUCAGGCUAACAGUGUGCACAGCACAAUCCAGAGAGUAUGAAGAGUGGAACCAGUAUCCUGUAACAUGCUACACCCAGGAACCUUGUACUCUGUACUGUCCUACUGCAAACAUCCCGUGUGCAAACAUAUCUGGUAUCAGCAGCAGGGGUAUAACAUGGAAUAAGGAAGGUGAAACAUCACACAGUCAAAGUCACUUCUCCAGUGUGCAGCUAAAGGACAGCGGCAUGUACAUCUGCACCAGGUCAUACAUGCAUAAAGGUCAGAUUUACUACAAGACCUUUGCAGUGGUUCUUAAUGUCCAAACAGAUGAGCAGCUAGGAGAGUCAGUGAUUGUGUCACCCAAACAAAACCAGGUGUUUCAGGUGGAUCUAGCUGCCAUGAUGGUGAUUGAUUGUAAAGCGGUCAUGACUUCAGAGACAGACGAGGUGUUCUGGCUGAGCGGGGAGUCAUUUGUUGAAGAGGACGACAACUUACCAGUUUUCUAUAAUUAUUCAUGGGUAAAAGGAGCCAUAGGCAUGGAGAUGACCACAUCUCUGAUCUUCAAGAAAGUGUCAGAGGAUGACCUGUCGAGGAAUUACACCUGCAAACUGCAGUCUGACCAUCAACUCUCAACGUUCGUCACAAUCAUCUUAACUCCUAAAGUCAGUGACGUCUCCGUCUCCCUCAUCAUCUGCAUUGUGGGGAUCAUAGUUGUUGUUUUUAUUACAACUGCAGUUGCUUUUUCUAAGUUUAAAAUUGAUGUUGUACUCUUCCUUCGAGACGCCUUGGGUUGCUAUGGCACACCUACAGAUGGGAAGAAGUAUGACGCCUGUUUGAUGUUUUACAAGAGCAAUUCAGAUGUGGAUCUGGGAAAAGCUGACAGGAAGUGGAUGAAAAGGGUUUUGGAAGAGCGCUUUGGAUACAGUCUCUGCCUCCUCAGUCGGGACACCUCAGAAAAUACCGGUGCAGGCGCAUGCUCCCUGACUCCAGGAAUCGUCUACGUGAGGGAAGGAGAAAUCGUAGCGCUGAGCUGUGAUGAGCCCGGUGAUGGGGACCCAGUGACCCUGUGGAAAAAAGAUUCUGAGCAGAAAACAUAUGCACAGAGCAACAUGUCAGCGGCUCAACAAAGACAGAUGGGCAUUGUGGUGCACAAGAACUGGCUUGUCAUUUUAAACACAUCAAUGAACCAUCAGGGAAAUUACACUUGUCAGUCUUGCAGAAACGAAAGCAGUCAAUCUCUCUUCACGUUGAUGGUCUACAGCGUAUAUGAAGACAAAUAUGAUUACCCGAAAAAUUGUUACAAAGACCAGUCCUGCACUCUGUCUUGCCCCGAAGCAAACAUCCCAUCAGCAGGCAUCCUCAAUAUUACAGAUCUCACAUGGUACAAGGAUAGUCGGCCUUUGAAGCCUUAUUUCCAGAGAGUUCAAGAGGAAGAUGCUGGUAUCUACACCUGCAACAGAUCAUACUUGUAUUCCGGUCAAACAUACAACAUAACAUUUGUUGUUCCACUUAUUGUUAAAACAGAAAUACAUCCGAUUUAUGCUACAAUCACCUCUCCGAGAAAUAAUCAAGUAUUUUCUGUAGAGCUGGGCACGACAGUGGUGAUCGACUGUGUAGCGGAUAGUGACUCAUCGGAGGACUUGUUGUUCUGGAUGAGAGGACAAUCAUUUGUGGACGAAAAUAGCACCUUUCCAGUUUUCUACAAUGAAACACGCGACAAACAACAGAUGAAAGCAUCUCUGGUUAUAGGAAAAGUAUCACAGGAAGACCUGUCCACAAAUUACACCUGCAAACUCGACAGUGACAAUCAGCCGUCUAUAAGUGUCACCAUCUUCCUCACCCAGAAAGCUUACUUUUCCUACUUGAAUCUGAUUGUGUGUGUCGUCAGCAUUGUUGUUGCAAUGACUGUGACCAUUGUUGUGUAUUUAAAGUUUCAAAAAGAGAUCAAGCUUUUCCUAAGAGACACCCUCAGUUGCUAUGGCACCUCUUCAGAUGAAAAAAGCUAUGAUGCCUUUUUGAUGUGUUAUAAAUGUGACACUGAUGAAGGCCUGCAUGAAGCUGACAGGACGUUGCUGGAGAACACUUUGGAAGAGAAGUUUGGUUACAGUCUUUGCCUUUGUGAAAGAGACGUCUUACCAGGAGAAGCUGCAGCUGAGGCUGUUCUAGCCUGCAUAGAGCAGAGCAGGACUGUGAUUUUGGUUCCCACCUCUCAGUAUCCCGGACCAGAAUCCAGCCUGCUGAGUGCCAUCCAUGCAGCCCUUGUGGAGAAGCAGACCCGCUUGAUUUUUAUCAACACUAAGCAUACAGAAACACAGAAAAGCGGCUCGUUUCCAGAGGCUUUGCAACUACUCAGCGAGAUGGCAGAGUGUGUCACUUGGAAGGGAAGGCCUCCCUCCUCCUCCUUCUGGAAGAAGCUGCGCCUCCACUUACCCGCCCCGCAGAGAACAAAACAGACGAGUACGUUUUUGAGGGAAAACCACUAUGACAGCAUGUGCUAAAAUUAAUUUUCUUAACCCCCUGAUGCCUGAAUUUAUUUCCAGCUAGUAAAAGAAAUUCACUUGGGUCUUUGCUUUCAUAUAUAUGCUAGAUUCAGAUCACUUUGGUGCUGAAGUAUUAGUAGGGUUAAAGUUACAAUUUUCUUCCGAUCACAGCUGAAUGCAGUUCAGCUUUAUUUGUAAAAAGAAACGUUAAAUACAGUUUAUCCAUGAAGAAGUCUCAACGGUUCUGUGAUAUAUGUCGCAUCAUUGAUUUUCUAUUGACACCUUUCAGGAGAUUCACCAUAUCUCUUAUCAACCGCAUUGUAAAGCACAAAAAUCCCUGUAUUUUUUGUUUGUUUCCUUCUGUUUCAAAAGUAAUAUUUCACCCUAUGUGCCUCAUCUAGAUAAACAUUGGCAUCUGUUUUAUUUUCUGGUGCUGUUGUCAAAUGUUAAAAACAGUUUUAGGAAUGCCAGACCAGGCCAGAGGAUUACUUUGCAGAGGGGUAGUUUAGAAAAGAGGAGGAGGUAAAGUAUUUGACAAAUCAUAAAAAAUAUGAAAUGGAUUAUUAUCAUAAUGGUAUUAUGGUAUUAUCAUAACCAUAAGUGUUGCAGUGGUAGUUUUAACUGGCUUUAGAGUUAAUUUAUUUGUAAGAUGUUAAUUAUUUAGAUUGGUAAAUGAAAGUUUUAAUUGAAUAACUGAUAGUUAUUAUUUUAAAAUUAAAUGAUUUUGGUGACUUCUUGAUUAUUGAUUGAUUGUUAGUGCUAGAAUUUGUGUCUAUUUUUGAAGGGAAGGGGGAGACCCAUGGAUUGACUCAAUGAUUCUGUAAACCUUUUCCUGCCCAGUUGCCCUUUUCAGACUGUUGGUCAGUCCAGUAUGUAUAUGUCUUAUGAUUUUAUUUUAUUGCUGUUUAAAAAAGUAAAGAGUAUGACUUUAAAUCUA